CACUGCUCAGUUGCGUUAGUCGCAUUCACUGCGUUUCGGCUUCGAAAAUAUCGCAAUGCCCGCAGUAUUGUAUUGAACUUUGUCGACGAUGGAAGAUUUUAUAGCCGAAGUACACAAAAGAGAAUUUUUGUGGGAUAAAAAGAAGAUACCAUUCGGCAUGAAACAAAGAACUACAGAAAAACUAUGGCAAGAAGUUGCGGACGCGUGUAGUAUUUCAAAGACAGUGGCCAAAACAAGAUGGCGAAGUUUACGUGAUCAAUUUCUCAAAGAAGUCAAGAGGGUUCCAGUAUACAGCUCCGGGGAAUCCUAUUACAUCGAGGAAAAGGAGAAACCAAAAUGGACUCAUUUCAAUAACUUAAUCUUCUUAUUGGGAACGCACAGGCCAAGAGAGAAGGUUAUCGAUAUUAAGCCAGAUUCCAUAAUUGAUAUUCGCUCAUCCGAGUCUAGUAAUUCGUGGGAUGAAACCAAAAUUGUGGCUGAGCCUUUUUCACCUCUCCUUCCAACGCCACAGUCUCAAAAUUUACCCCCAUCUACGAGUACAGCAAAUAUCUUUACAAGCAUAAGAAAGGUGUACAAACUGGAGGAAGAUCUUGAUCCGAAUUUGUGUGAUGUAAUAUGGAAAGACGAGACUGACGCAUUUGCCUUCGAUGAAAGUAAAAAUCAAAUCGAUGAUGGUGUGCCGCCUUUAGUAAUGAUAAGGCCUCAACCCGCGGAUCCAACCUAUAAUGGCGGCAAAAGAGCUUAUCCUCAAGAACACGAUAAUAAAGCGGAUGUGUCCAACUUGGACUACAAAUGCCCCGCUAAAAGACAAGCACUAGAACUAGAAAAUCCUACUGAGUCCAAAUAUUGCACUGAGGACAAUGAGAAUUUACUAUUUUUUCGGUCAAUUUUGCCUUACAUGAAUAAGAUGGAUCCUAUGCAGCAAUUACGAGUGCGCAUGCGGUUUCAGGAAGCAAUGCUUGAAGAACUGUACGGAAAACGAGAUUAAAACUUAAGGCUACUACGCACAAUAAAUGUUCUGCGAAUGAACUAUACUGCACUUACUUUGGCAAAUAAUAUUGCAUUGCAUUUUAUUUUAUCUCAAACGCUUAUAAAUAGCUUAACUGUUAAUUACAUAUAUGAUC